GAAAACAGAAUAGAUAGUUCGAUGAGAUAUUAUCAUUCUAUAUCAUUUUUCUUCAGUUACAGUUUUUUUCCAUUUUAAAUAUAUUUUUGUAUAAAUCCUCACUUUGAUCGAAUUUUAUUUAAUUUUAAUUACUUUUAAAAGCAUGAAAACAGAAUAUUUUUGCGCAGCAGUCGGAAACGGAGGCAAUUUUGAACGGCCAAAAAUUUUCACGGUAGACAACGGAAAGUAAUGUAUGUCUUGUUGCGUCAUCGGGCAGGAUGUGAGCCGUGCAACAGGCUGCCAUUUUAAAUUAUUUAUUUAUUUUUUCCUGGCGCAAAACGCUCUGUUCGCUCCGAGUAUGCUUCAUUGAUCGCCUUUAAUUUUUCAUAGAUCUGAUUUGUUGCUGCUAAUUCAUGGAGAAUGAAGAACGGAAAUGUUAUCUAAAAGAACGUGUUAUCUGCUAUCUCUAUAUUUAUUAAUUCUACUGUUGACAGCGUGUUUGACAUGGAUGAAGCAGUUCCUUGUUUUUACAUUCCAUAAUAGAUAUCGCUGACGAAUAUGAUAUCUUUCUCUAUAAAAAAUAUUAGUAUUGAUUUAGUAUUUAUUUAUACAACACUGGUGGUAAAUUGCAUUUAAAUUAUAUACGUAAUUUUUUUUAUAAUGCACAUUUCCAUUUAAAGUCAUCUUGUUUUGAACACAAAAGGAAAUCGCCAUGUUAGAAGUAAUGUUCAUUGUAUGUUUAAUUUCAUCUGUAUUUUCAUCUGAAUCAGAAAUAUUACUAUCUAGUCAACUUUUCACAUUUGCACAGCCACAAUCAUUUUUACAAGUUAAACCAGUAUGGUCAUUGCCAUCCAUCAGGGAGGUGACAUUUCAAUUUAGAACUACUCGUCCUCAUGGUCUCUUACUCUUUCAUGGCUCAGUGACAGAUUUUAAAAUCUUUCCAUUAUAUGAAUUAUAUGUAAUGCUUGAGAAUGGGCAAAUUAAAGUCAUUCGUGUUUUCCAUGAUUAUUCAGAUGAUACUAUUUUUAUUGGAAAAGGACUAAACAGAGACAAAUGGCAUUAUGUAACAUUGAGAAUAAACCCAGGAGGUGGUGUUUUUUCAGUCAAAGUUGAUACUAGUGAACUAACUGUUACAUUACCUUCAUUGUUUCAAGGCCCCAACAAUGGUUUUAAUAGAACGCUGCCUCAAACAGUUAUGUAUUUUGGAGGAUUGGACCCUAAUAAUUAUGAUAUGAUCCAGAAGUAUAAUUAUGUCCGAUUUGUGGGAUGCAUGGGAAACAUAACAUUCAGUGAAUCAGAUAGUCCAUUUUUCCCCGCAGAAGUUAUUAAAGAUAAUCAUCUACAACAUGGGUGUCUUGAUUCCUGUGCAAAAAAGAAUCCCUGCUUAUAUAAUGGCCGUUGCAUAAACCAUUAUACUCAUGCAUCUUGUGAUUGCUUUGGAACAAAUCAUGAAGACCAAAUUUGUUUUAGCGCAGAUCCUGUGACUGUUACUUUUAAAGGUUAUUCUUAUAUUACAUAUCGUUUAUAUGACUGGCGAGAUAGAGUUCAUUCUGAAGCUAUGCGUAUUAGCUUUCAAUUUAAAACGUUUUUUGAAGAUUCUGUUCUUCUAUAUGCAUCUGGUGAUCAUCCUACCAAAAACUAUGUGGCAUUAAGUCUUUUUGGCGGUCAACUUCAUUUUGAAAUAAAUUUUGGAGAUGGUCCUUUAAACUCAACUAUCGGAUAUUCCUUAAAUGAUGAAGCAUGGCAUACUUUGACUAUAUUGCAUCAUGGAAUGAAUGUUAAUCUUCAAUUGGAUUCUCGCUGGAAAACCUCUCUUAAAACGUCACCUUCUCAUCAUCAUCUCCAUCUGGAUCCCGAGAUUUACAUAGGUUCUGCUCCAAAAGAUACCAAAGGUUUGAAAUCAACUGAAAAAUUCAUCGGAUGUCUACGGAGUAUCUAUUUUAAUGAUAAGAAUGUUCUGUAUGCUUUGCAUAGCGGAGAUAGUACGGCACGUUAUAACAGUAUAUUUGCUGUUGAGUAUGGUUGUGAAUCCACUAAUGUGAUACCUGUUACAUUCCCUCUGCCUGAAUCCAAAUUAGUGCUGGUCAUGCCAAAUAAUCAGAAAUUAGAACUUUCAUUAGAAUUCAAAACUUUACAAAGUGACUGUGUCCUGGCUUCAGGUGAAAUUAAAACAGAAAUUGGCAUUGGUGUCUGGGAGCUAUUAUUACACCAAGGAACAGCAUUGUUUGUUAUCAGUGAAUCUCCAAAGGAGGAUCCUAAUAUGUCUUGGACAUUAAAUGAUAAGAUUUCUGGAAAAAAUCUUGCUGAUGAUGACUGGCAUCACGUUGGUGUUGUUUACGAUGCUGGAGAAGUUAAAUUGGCAGUAGAUUACCACCAUAGUUCAAAAGGUGUUUUUACUCAUCCAUUAGAAUUUAUGGGUCAAAUGAUUUUAACCACAAGUGUACAAGAUGCCGAGAGAGGGUUUAUUGGGUGCAUGAGAGAUAUAUAUGUUGCUGGUGAUUGGAUUGAUCCGAGAACAGUUGUUGAUACAAAUCAAGUGUCUGGAAAGGUUUCGUUAGAUAGUUGCCUUCUAGUUAACCUGUGCAAUAAUCCAUAUGCUUGUGAACAUGGAGGUACAUGCUAUGUUGAAAAAGGAGAAACAUAUUGUGAUUGUGAAAAAACUGGAUAUACUGGGCGGACAUGUCAUUUUUCAUUGUAUAAACGCACUUGUGAAGAAUUAUAUCUUGUGGGAUAUCGAAAAAAAGGAGUGUACACCAUUGACAUUGAUCGUAACGGCCCUCUUCCUUCAGCUCAUGUAUACUGUGAUAUGGGUAGUGAUACUGGAGGUCAAAUUAUUACAAGGGUGGAAAACAAUAUGCCUCCAGAAAUGGUUGUUAGGAAGAAAGGAAUGAAAUCGUUUACAGUAGAAGUUGCAUAUAGAGAGUUCACACCUGAAAUGCUUCAGUCACUCGUUAGACAUUCAAAGGUUUGCUCUCAGUACAUGAAAUACGAAUGUUUCAAGACUCCUCUUGGGCUUCGGACAUAUACGUGGAUGGAGUCAUCUGGCAGUAAGAGAUAUAUUACUAGUAUUGGCAGUCAGUCUGAGGGCUGCAAAUGUGCAGAAAAUCAUAGUUGUGCUAAUUCUUCUUUUUUGUGUAAUUGUGAUAUUGCUGAUGCUCGCUGGAGAGUUGAUGAUGGGGAUUAUACUAGUCCAACACAUUUAGGAAUCACUAAAAUCUAUAUAUUACAGCCAGAUAAUUUGGAUGCUUCGGCUGAAGGCCGUCUUACUCUUGGUCCAUUGGAAUGUGUGGAAACAGAUACUCAAGAGUAUGUUAUUACCUUCAAAACGUGGAAUUCAUUCAUUGAGGUGCCUGGAUGGCGUAGAGGAGAUAUUGCUUUCAGUUUUAGGACAUCCAAUAGUCAAGCUGUCUUAAUAUAUCAAUCUUCUAUUCAUCAUAGUCAUGGUUAUUUGAGAGUACUUUUAAUAAAUGAUUAUGAAUUAUCAUUUGAGUUCACACUAAACAAUCGUCCUCGCAGUGUGAGAGUUACUUCGAGAAGAAAACUGAAUUCUGGGGAAUGGCAGCAAGUUUGGGUGGAUCACGAUACUUAUCAUAUGCGUUUUACUGUCAAUUUAGAUUCUGUCAUGGUUGAUUAUGGUGAAUCACAUGGUGUAGGUCCUUUUGAAGGUCCACUCUAUGUGGGAGGUGUCUUAGAAGCUGUUUCUGGUGAUUCUUCAAUAAAAGAAGGAUUUAUUGGGUGCUUUAGAGGAUUAGUAAUUAAUGAUGUUGUAGUCGAUCUGUAUAAGCAUAUGACUAGAAGUGAAUCGGCAAUUGUUCAUGGCUGUCAACCAUCCUGUGCUUCUAGCCCUUGCCAAAAUGGAGCUACUUGUGUUGAAUAUUGGGGGUCUUAUAUGUGUGAUUGUGUUAAUCCAUUUGCCCAUUCUGGAAAAAAUUGUGAGACAAACAUCAAUAUAAAUGCUAUGACUGUGGUUACACCUGGCUCAUAUUAUCACCAUAAAAAUGAAGGAAAUGAAACGAAUCCUGUUUUGGAAAAAGAUAUUCUUCUAAACUUCCGGACAUUCGAGAAAGAAGGAAUUUUACUCUAUGCUUUUGACCAUUACAAUAAUUUUGUGCAACUCCAUUUUGCUAAUAAAAAAGUGUACUUUACUUUCAAUUCAGAUCAAACUGUGUAUCAGUUGCAUGCAGAGGCUCAGGGACUUUCUAAAGGAUUACCAGUACAAAUAAAAGUUGAACGACAGUUGCAACGUACUACACUUUUUGUAAAUGAUAAAAAUUCAUCAGCUGAUGUUGUUAUUAAAUUUGUAGGAAAAUAUUUUCGUAUGCCCUGGCGACAAAAUCAAGAAUUAGAAACUGUUUUUCCACCAAGAGGAACAUACCGAACAAUAGACCACAACGAAAUGUUUUUAGGUCAUGUCGGUAGCGGAACCUCUACUAAUUUUACAAAAUCUGGUUUUGUUGGUUGCAUUCAAGGAUUUAUGAUAGGUGAUAAACUCUUUGAUUUGGAAGCAGCUGCUCUAACCGAUAAUGCCGAUGCUAAAAAUGGUGACUUAGCUCCUGGGUGUGCAAUGCUAUGUGAUAGUCUGCCUUGUCACAAUCAUGGAUUAUGUAUUGAACACUGGAAGGAUAACACAACAUCUUGCGACUGUUCUCUCACUUCUUACACUGGAGAAGCAUGUCAGAAAGAUAUAGGAGGCAAUUUUGAUGGCUACACGUUGUUAACAUAUUCAUUCCAAGGAGAGGAAAUAUCUGAUGAAAUGCGAGCAGAUAUGGCUGUGAGGCUUGCUUUUUCAACUGAUGCUAAAGCUGCUUUUCAAGUUUUGUUGUUUAUUCAACUUCAGGAAAGGAGAUAUAUUUUAUUUGGACUUGCUGAAGAUAACGCCUUAUUUGUCGAAGAAAGAAUCACCACAAACAUUAUUAGAAGAAAAGCAAUGACUAGUAACACUUGGUCUGACAAUAAUAGACAUUGGUUUUACUUUUCAUGGAAAGCUGGAAUAGUCAAUUUAAUUGUAGAUGGAAAAACCUAUAAUCCUUUCAUUCAGGUGAUAGAAACAUCUUCUGAAACUUAUGAAGGGAUUCCAAAUCUUUUGUAUGUUGCUGGCUUACCUAAAGAAAUGAAUAAAAGAGAAUACGGAAGCUUCAAAGGAUGUAUUUCUAAUAUUAUGAUUGAAUUUGGUAACUUGAAACUGAUGCCACUUGAAACUGCAUUUGGUUACAAAAAAGGAUCUCUGGAUAAAAUUAAAGUGGAUGGUACAGUGAAUGAGCGGAAGUGUGCUGCUUUUGCUCAGUUAUCCCAAUUAAUGGCAACAUUGCCAUCCAAUAUACCACCUGAGAUACAAGGUCUUGAAUGGUUUCCUGAGCCUCUUGUAACAGCAGAUUAUAAAAGUGUUUUUGCGGAUAUGGAAAUGACUCCUCUUGAGAGUAUUAGUAGAACUAGUAAUCGUGUAGCUGCAGUUAUGGGUGUAAUGCUUCUCAUAGUGGUUUUGGCACUUCUCCUAUAUAUUUAUCGCAUUCAUCGUCGUCAUAAAAGAGAACGACUCGGAGAAGACAUUCAAAUGUACAGCAGAAGAGGAAAAAGAAGGCCAACUACCUGUGCUGAGCGAGCUAAAGCUGUUAGUUUUUCUCAAGAAGAUGAAAGAAUAGAUGAUGAUUAUGAUGAAGGUGAUCUUCCACUAGUUGGAUAUCCUAAAACUCCAUUACCAAAUGUUCUCAACUUUCCCAAACCACCUUUUGGGACAACUGAGCCUAAUGGAAAAGGCAUUAUUUUACAGCCAGAUGGUCAAGUUGACAGUGUUGAAAUUAUUCCUCUCAGAUCGACAUCCUCUCAAGAAUUAGAAUGGGAUCCAACUGGAGCACAACUAGUGAGCACUGCACUGGAGGAUAUGAAUCCUGAAGAACCAGAGAAACCUGGAGAUAAUGAAAGCUACGAUGAAGAUACUCCCUUACCUCAAUUAAAAAACCAGUUUGCACCCUUGGCCUCAGCAAGUGAAGUUACAAUCAACAGACUAAGUCAAACUUUUGCCUGAGCAUAGUUUUAUUUAGGCUUAUUAUAUGACUAUUAAAGUUACUACACCGGUUCACUGCUGAAAAACUUCAUUUGAGGAUUGAAUUUUUCAUUAGACUUUUGUUUAGUUUGCUUAUUGAAUGACUCAUAUGCAUUUUGCUGUCUCUUUAUUUCAUUCCAAGUAAUCCAAUAUAAACCUAAUUGUUCAAUUUGUAAGUUUUUUUUUUGUUAGUUGCAGUAGCAUUUUUAUAAAUAGUCAGUAUUUUCAUGUUUCAUCUACAGGGAUGUCAACUAUAGUAGCAUUUUUUUAGUUAACAAUAAAUUUCUUUCUUCAACUACAAUCAUCUUAAAAUUACUGUUUUAUGGCUAGUUGUGCAACUGCUAAGAAUUUUGGAUAUUUUUUUUUAGUUUUAUGAAACUAUAACCAUUAUCUGUUUCGUUUCAAAUGGCAUGUUCUGCAGAAUCUCUGAAAAUUGAAUUAACUGUAAUACAGUUGUGUUGCAUUUUUACGAUUUCAGUUAGGACAAAAUAUUAAUUUUUUUAACUGUGUAGUUCAACAAAAAUAGAUUCUGAAUGCUAGUAUUUAAUAACUCAUUAAGUUAAAAUUAUGUUUUAUAAUUUUUUAUGCAAUCACUGCAAAUUUAUUUAAAACUUUUUUUCUUCUUAAAUUUCCUUAGUUACAAAAUUAUCUCGGUCUCUAACUAUGUUGUUCAACUUGCGGCUACUAUUUAAUGAUCUGUUAAGUAUAUAUAAAAAUUUCUUAUUAUAUUCUAUAAAAUAUUAAAGACCAAAACUUGUUGUUUUCUCUUUUAAAAAAGAAAUACAUAUUUAAACAAUUUGCUGUUCUACUAGAUCUUUGGUCAAAAUUCAUUUUAAAAGGGGGAAGCCAAAGUAAUUGGUAUGUUCUUUUAAUGGGAAUUUGAUUUCUUUAUGAAAAUAAUCAACAUAUAAGGAUAAAGUAUAUCUAAAUAUUGACAUCCCUGCAUUUUUUAGCUGUUGUUAUUUUUAGAUUGUUCCUGUGAUAUUAAAACAUUCCUUCAUUUCAUUCAAAGUGACAAAUGUAUUUAUACAACUAUUGCUAAAUUACCAGAUUCAAAUAUUAAUAGUUUAUUUAUAUGUUAUGACAUUGUUAUUAUCUAUAUAUAAUUCCAUCAAUUUUUAACUACUUAAAACAUAUGUUUUUUUUUAUUUGUUAAAGUGUUCACCUUAUUAUUCAGCAUCUGGUGCUAAACUAUUUUAAUUAGAAUUUAUUUUUACUGCAUGUUUUAUUUUAUUAUUUCAUUUAUGUUGAAAAAAAUAUUUUUCUUCUUCGAAAUCCGUUUAGUGUGGAUUUAAAUUAAGAAUAAACUAUUUUUUAAUUAAUAGAAACUAUUAGUAUGUGUAUUAAAGCCGUUAAUAAUAAUAAAUAAAAAAAAUUGUAUCAGUAUUUUGUGCAAUAUCUCAUCUUGCUUAUUUUGGUUAACAUUUUUUCAAUGUAUAUUGAUAUAUUUUCAUUAUAAGUUGUAUUAAUUCAAAGCAUUUUCUGUCACUAGUCAGUGCACACAUUCUAUCAUUCAUUUUAAUAAAUCAGUUUAUUAUA